CAAACAUCAAAAACUUUAUCCGUAACAUAAAAAUCUAAAUAUUUAAAAAUUAAUUAAUUAAGGAAGUGAAUGCUACUUAGUAUUAACAGCUGUUUCUUAUUCUGUUACUUGGUCAAGUAACACGCCCAAUGUACCAACUCGCGCUUCGUCAACUUUCAAUGAAAGAAAGUUACGAAAGUCCGAAAGACUUAAACUUAUAUUCGUGAUCAAUAAACAAGUUAUAUAUUUACAUUACUAUAUUAAUUACCAUAUAAUUUUAAUAUAAAAUAAUAAAUAAAUAUUUAUUGAUUUUAUUUUGCCACUCUACUACCAUAUUAAUUACAAGUAUGACCACUCGAACGCCAGCAAACCGAUCAUUAUCAUUUUCAUAGAAAAUUCUAUUUUAUUUGAGCGAAAGUGCCGUUUUUUAAAUAUAUUUUAUAAAAUAUAUUUUUAAUUACCAAUUUUUUGACAUUCUAUAACAACAGAGUAACUAAUGGGGUGGAAACGUCAGCUUAAUUGCACGAUGAUUCUUCGAGAGACGAUUAAUUGGUCACAGAGUGUCAAUGGGGAUUGAUUUUAAUCAAUUGUGUGCAGUUUAGUGAAAUCGAACCAGUGAUCGAACGACUACAUACAAAUAUAUAUCCUUACUUUUGUAAAUAUAUAUUGUAUUGUUUACUACCACUAUUACUACCCCCACCAUCAUCGUCAUUGUUAUAAUUAUUGUUUGUUUAAAUCAAGCGUUAAAGUAUUUACCAAGGAAGACUAUAGGAGAAAUUAGGAAGUAGAAAGUCCGAAUUCUGUGGAUUAAUUUGAUAAAAGGAUGUUAAUGCAAGUCCGCAUAAACCUGUAACAUAUAUAAAUAUAAAUUAUACGUACAAGAGUAUAAAGUCGAGGACAUGCUACACGUGUUUAAUACAUUAAAACGAUACCUCAGCCAUCUUGAAAUACCAGCAAGGAUAUUUACCGAGUCCUGGUCACGAGUUGCCCGUAGCCAUGAACCUCGCGCUGCAUAGACUCCUGCUGCAGGUUAUCUUGUUGAUCCUUCAGUUACAACAUGACUUCCUAUUGUGCAGCGCGGGGGAACCUGGCUACUUAGAUUUCGAUAAUUUGCCGGAGACGAAUUUUUCAUGCCAGGGAAAAGUUAUCGGUGGUUAUUACGCAGACGUCGAGGCGGGAUGUCAAAUGUUCCAUGUCUGUACCAUUGGUCAAAAAGACGUGGUUACAGACGAGAUAAUGGACAUAAAGUUCCUCUGCCUGAACGGUACGGUGUUCGAUCAGGAAACGAGGGUCUGCGAGCGAGUGGACGAGGUCGACUGCAGCAAGAGUGAACGCUUCUACAACCUCAAUCUCGAACUUUACGGCAACAAUGCCGUGACACUCAGUUUACACGAGGGAGAAGACGAGAAUGAAGAAACACCAGUUGUGAUAGAAGACCACCAAGGCAGCGUAACAACCUCAGCGCAAUCGAGUACAAGUACAACAAGCACGACCACUCAGCGAGCAUUAAUCUCAUCGACAACCGCCGCGAGUGGAUCUUAUCAGCACCCGAGUGGUUAUCCGCAGCAUUACCAGCCGCAGCCGCCAUUCCCGUCCCUUCAAACUAGUCAAUCAAAGUCUCUCUAUGACGACAAGAACGGCGGUUAUCAUCGACAGUACAUCUAUCACGUUGGCAAUGAGCCCAAUGUCAAUGUCAACAAUAACAACAACAACCAGCAAAAUAACAACAAUAAUAACAACAACAACAACAACAAUAACAACCAUCAUCAACAGAAUAACCAUAACAAUAAUAACAACGAUAAUCGCGCAACAUCUUAUCAAAUAUUCAGCAACCAAGGCGCGAGUUCGACUACUGGAGCUCCUCAAGUCCACCAGAUCCAUUACAGUUCAACGUCAAACUCCCAAGUAAGCAUCAAUGGUAAUGAUGCGUCUUCAAUUUUCCACCCCACAUCUUCCACAAUCCAGAGCCUGCUGAACGUAAAUGGAAAUUCGAACAAUCCCAGCCUGAUAAAUCCGAUUUUUCGUAACAACGGAAUCUCCAGCAGUACUGAGCAUUACAAUAACGCUCGUGAGACAGUAGACUACCAGACAGAAACGAACAACAACGACCAGGAUGAUGAAGAAGAUGAUGAUGGUGAUGCUUCAAGGGAUGAAAAUCAAGACAGGAGAUAUUUGGAACCAAUCCAAGCUUCGAAUCAGGGAAAAGUUUCAAAGCUAACAACUUCCAGCGGAGUUUCUUCCCACGAAGGCACCAAGUCAAAAAUUACCCAAUCUCAAUUGUUGCAACAUCAACAACACCAACAACAUAGCAGAAUACCAACUGGUUUUUUGACUAUAGCGCAGAUGAACAGCGGCGGAGCUCCGCGGCCAUUCUUCCCACCGCCUAAGCCAACUGGCAAAACAACGCACCAGUCUCAGACCUCACAUGUGACUCAGCACAUCCAUAUUCCUCCAGUGCCUCCAAUUCCGCAGCUAAAGCCUCACCAGGUGACAAUCAACCUUCCUCCGCCGGACAUCCAGAGGAUUGUUUCGCAAAACCCUUCGCCGCUGCUGCCUUCCCAGUCUAGGGUUAUCGUCACUGCCAAGGCUAGUGUCAGCGACGAAUCCGGUAGGCCGCUCAACAGCACUCAGUUGGUCAAUUUGCCCUUGCCUACUAUUCCUGCCAGCUAUGACGAUUACAAGGAAGGCGACGAGUCCUUUGAUCCUUUUUACAGAGACGUCCCGAAAAUUCGGAACACCAGGCGAUCCUAUGCCUGGGAAGCUAUGGAAAACUUCAGGCGGUUUAAAAGGUCAAUUGAUGAUGUAAAAGUCGGAACGCCGAUGAGUUAUGACGAAGAAUAUGCUGAUGUAAGUGAGAAUAACGAUACCAAGCUGGUAGAGGUUGAUAAUAAAGAUUAUUUAAAUGAUGAUGAUGGUGAUUAUAAUUUUGAAGGUAGUUAUGAGGUUGAAGGAGAAAAAGAAGAAGUUGAUGGACGUGAAGAGCUUCCGGUAGCUGAGAAACAGGUUGAUCUUGUGGUAAAGGUCGAGGGAAAAAAAAAUAUUUCGGAGGUAGACGGCGAUGAAUUUAACAUCGACAAGAAUCUUACUGCUCUUACUAAUCUUAAUCUUAAUCUUAAUAUGAAUAAUGAAAGUGAUGAUAGUAAGGUUGAAAUGAAGGCGGAGAAGGAAGGGGAGGAGGAAGACUACAUCAGCUCGGGAGAGUACUCUCAAGUCCCGGCGACCGAGUACGACUUGCUGAUAGAUGAGCAGGAUGAUGAGCUGUCAAAUAUUACGGAAUUAAUAGUCACUGAAAUGAUAAAUAAUUCAACGGAGAUAACUAUUACAACAGAUUAUCCAACAACUGUAAAGUCUUAUGAUGUUAGUGAGGUGAAGAAUAAUGAGGAUAGUGAAAUAAAGACUGAUGGAGAUGAAGAUGGAGUUUUGAAAUUCACUGAUGAAAUUCCUCUGUCGGGUAAUGCUGGUUAUGACAAAGAAGAUGAUAAAGUUGAACAAGUUAUUGAGUCUGUACCGGUAUCUUCAAUGCCAAUGGAUUAUGUAGACGAUAAUUACGAGCCGCAGCAUUACCAGGAUCAAAAGAUUUCGCUUUCUGCUAAUGUUACUGAUGAAGAUGAUGACGGAAGAGUAAAAGCUGAAGAAGAAAAUAAUUCAACCGCUAUAGAUGAUAAUUUUAAGGCUGAAGUUGAUUCUAGCACUGGAAUUUUUAUUUCUUUUACUACUCCCGACACGACUAGUACUUCUACUAUGUCUAGUACUUCUUCUACAACACCUGGGACUACUUCUUCCAGUUCAACUACAACUACAACUACAACUACAACUACAACUACUACACCUAGUACAACUAGUACAACUAGUACUACAACUUUAAAGCCGCCUAAAACAUUAUUCAAACCAAUUACAACAAGAAAAAACUACAAUUACAUACCGCCGACAACAACACCAGCUCCAGUAGUAAUAAAAACUCGUUUACCUUUAUUGAAUCCCAAACCAGCAAAGCCACCAAAGUCUUACAAUGAAAUAGCGCCGAAGCCUGUAAUUAGAAAAGUUCCUUUAGUCGCGAAACGGGUUACAACUAUGCGUAAUAUUGAAAUUGAAUCGACAACUAAUUCUAUCGACUUAAACAAAAAUCCACCUGAAGAAAUAGAAGCAAACUUUACUUCUUAUUCUUCAACUUCUACAACUACUGAAGUUCCGACGACUGUAACAAGUACAGCGACUGAAUCUACUGAAAAAUCCGCCGAGAUGCUCGCAGAUGCAGCGGUCACAUCGUCUUCGGAUGAAACGAAACUAGAAGUUGCUACGACUUUAGCCCCUGAAGUAGGGAAGAAAUAUUUCACGGUUCGCAAGCCAAUUGAUGUGUUUAAUUGUCUAAAUGUUGAAUUGUAUCGCUUCUACGCGGACAAAAGAGACUGCAGGUUGUUCCACUAUUGUUCGCCGGGAUUCACGUCGAGGCAGGUCCUUGAUUUUCGGUUCGUUUGUGAAGAAGGAACUGUUUUUGAUGAAUUAUCUCAGAGUUGCGUUUAUCAAAUGGAAGAUUCAAAGUGUCGGAAGAAAGUUUGGUGAUAUAAAAAAAUGGAUUUGGACACUUAGGAUUUAAUUAUACGAUUUUUUUGACAAGCUCUCUACUUCCAUUCGACGGAACACGUUGAUUUUGAUAAUUAGUGAAUCCUCAUAGGUUAAUUGUAUAUUAUUUAUACAUAUUAUAAUUAUUCUAGAAGAAAUUUUAUUAGGUAUGAUAUUAUUGAUAUUAUAAUAUUAUUAAUAGUUUAUUAAUUAAUUAAAUUCUAUUUUAUAAUUUUUUAUUAAUUUUAAGUAGUUGAAUACUGCCAUAACUUGAAUGUAUGAGUGCAAGUUUAAUGGAUAAAUAUGUAAUGUAUGAUUAAUUAUUUUUGAGUGAGAGGAUUCACACUUAUUAAAAUUAAUACCGUUUGUUGGAUGGAUUUAUCAAUAAUUUCAUUUUUUAAUUAAAUUUUUUUAAUUGGACGAAGACAAGGAAGAAAUGAAAUUA